AUGCUGCUAGAAAGCCAGAGGAUUCAUUCUGCUAGGGCUGUUCCUUCUACCUUACAUCAAAAGGUUAAGUUCAUCAGUGAUGGGAGAAUUAUAGCAGUUAAAGGAGAGGAGGAAAUCAUGGUGAGCAAACCAAGCUCACUCCCUUAUAUUGAGGCUGCAGAGAAAGAUUAUGGAGUUUCCUUUCAAAGCCUAGAGGUCGAGGGUAUUUGCGGUAGUACUCACAACAUCAAUUCCGUCGUGGCUAAAAUCAUGGCGAAGAGUGGGUUUAUGCCAGGGAAAGGUUUAGGCUCUCAUUUACAAGGAAUUACGUGUCCAAUUAAGGUUUUGGAUAAUUGUAAUCGCCAAGGGUUAGGGUAUGAGCCUACCCUGGAAGACCAGAUGAAAGACAAAGCAAGUUUGGCAAAUGGCAAAAAGGCCAGUAAAUUGGAGAUUCCACACAUUAAAGAAUCCUUCCCAGGCCCGUCCGAGGUGAUAUAUAAACCAGCUAUCUCAGUGAUCUCUUUUAAUGAAGAUGUACCAUGCAGAACAAGUGCCUCAAUUGCAGUCGAUGAUUCCAACAAAGUUCUGGCGAAUUGGGAGUUUGAAGAGGCCAAUGAUGUCAUUAGCUUAGAGGAUUUUGUUUCUUCUGAUUCCAUCUCCCACCCAGAGAUUAAUAAACCCUGUGAAGAUGAUUCAUUCGUUGCCACUGAUAUGCAUGAUUGUGAGUCUGAUGAUGAAGACAUAAUCCAAACUUUUUCAAAGAUGCUUGAAUUGAGUGAUAAGGGAAUAUGCCCACAUGAAGAAGUGAUUGAGAUGGUUAAUAUGGGAACCGAGGAGGAUCAAAGAAUGCUCAAAAUAGUAGAUAAUCCUGAAAGGGAACAAAUGAUUGAGUUGUUCAAAGAAUACAUAGAUGUGUUUGCAUGGUCAUAUAAAGACAUGCCUGGGCUAGACCCAAGCAUUGCUUCUCAUAAAAUACCAUUACUUCCCAAGGUCGAGCCUAAGAAACAAAAGUUAAGGAGAAUGAACACGGGGGUGUCCUUGCAGAUAAAAGAAGAAGUAAUAAAGCAGUUAGAAGCAGGAUUUUUGGAGGUAGUAACUUACCCACAAUGGGUGGCAAAUAUUGUUCCUGUUCCUAAAAAAGAUGGUCGGAUUCGAAUGUGUGUUGAUUAUCGUAAUUUAAAUAAUGCGAGUCCGAAAGAUGACUUUCCAUUACCCCACAUUGAUGUAUUGGUCGAUAAUACUGCUCGAAGCUAUCGCUAUUCCUUUAUGGAUGGUUAUUCAGGGUACAAUCAAAUCCCUAUGCAUGAAAAGGAUAAAGAGAAAACAACCUUUACAACCCAAUGGGGAACUUAUUGUUAUCGGGUAAUGCCUUUUGGUUUGAAAAAUGCUGGGGCAACUUAUCAACGAGCUAUGGUAGCACUAUUCCAUGACAUGAUGCAUAAAGAAAUUGAAGUAUAUGUAGAUGAUAUGGUAGCUAAAUCAGCGGAGAAUAAGAGUCAUGUUGGAGUCCUUAGAAAGCUAUUUGGGAGAUUACGCGAAUAUCGGCUAAGAUUGAAUCCUAACAAAUGCAUUUUUGGAGCUCUUUCUGGGAAGUUAUUGGGAUUCAUUGUGAGUCGUAAAGGGAUAGAAGUAGAUCCAGAUAAAGUGAGAGCAAUUCGAGAAAUGCCAUCUCCCCAAACAGAGAAAGAAGUUAGAAGUUUCUUGGGACGAUUGAAUUACAUUGCUAGAUUCAUUGCCAAUCUAACAGCCACUUGCGAACCAAUGUUUAAACUGUUAAAGAAAAAUUGCAAGGGGACAUGGGAUGAUGAUUGUCAAAAGGCCUUUGAUAAAAUUAAAGAUUAUUUGUUAAAUCCCCCGAUUUUGGUACCUCCAUCACCAGAUCGUCCACUAAUCCUUUACCUAACAACUUUACCUCGCUCAAUGGGAGCAAUGCUAGGUCAACUUGAUGAUUCUGGAAAGAAGGAAAGAGCGAUUUAUUUCUUGAGCAAGAAGUUUAAUGAGUGUGAAGCUCGUUAUCCGGUGAUUGAGCGAACUUGUUGUGGACUAGUAUGGGCAACUAGAAGGCUAAGGCAAUACAUGCUUUACUACACUACCUGGCUAAUCUCACGAGUGGACCCACUUAAAUACAUCUUUGAGAGCCCGCACAUUACUGGUAGAGUACUAAAAUGGCAAGUUGUACUAUCAGAAUAUGAUAUAAAGCAUGUGAUGCAAAAGUCAGUCAAAGGUAGUGCAAUAGCAGAUCACUUGGCCGAUAAUCCUUUAGGGGAUGACCAACCAUUAGAUUUUCAAUUUCCUGAUGAAGUCAUAUGCACUACAGAAGAAGGUUGUGGUGAAGGAAACAAUGAAGAGCGAGAAUGGGAAAUGUAUUUUGAUGGAGCCGCCAACAUGCAUGGAAAUGGGGUAGGAGCGGUGAUCGUUUCACCCGAAGGAAAACAAUUUCCAGUGGCCAUCAAAUUAGAAUUUGAUUGUACUAACAACAUAGCAGAAUAUGAAGCUUGUGUUAAUGGUCUUCGAGCAGCUAUUACCCUUGGUAUACGGUGUUUGAAGGUAUUUGGUGAUUCAGCUCUCAUUAUUCAUCAAGUAACAGGAGAAUGGAGAACAAAGGAUGUAAAAUUGAUUCCCUAUCAAGAACUCCUAACAGAUUUGAUUAAGCAAUUUAAGGUUGCUAGCUUUCAUCACUUGACUAGAGAUAAAAACCGCUUCGCUGAUGCUUUAGCCACUUUAGCAGCAAUGAUCCAACUUGAUUGUGGAGUCCAUAUCCAACCCAUCCAAGUGGAAGCUAGAAGCUUUCCAGCGUACUGUCUGAAUGUUGAAGAAGAUCGAGAAGAAUAUCCUUGGUUCCAGGAUAUUAAGGAUUAUAUCACUAAGAGAUCAUACCCAGCUGGAAUGACUGAGAAUGAAAAGAAAACCCUUCGUCGUUUGGCUAUGACAUUCUUUAUCAGUCAAGAUGUUCUAUACAAGAGGGGUUAUGAUGGUACUUUACUUCGCUGUGUGAGUUCAGAAGAAGCAAAGAAAAUCAUGGUUGAGGUACAUGAGGGCAUAUGUGGCACGCAUGCGAAUGGUCACACUAUGGCCAAACAGAUUCAAAGGUAUGGCUACUUCUGGCUAACAAUAGAGAAAGAUUGCUUUGAGCAUGUCAAGAAAUGCCAUAAAUGUCAGAUCUAUGCUAAUAGGAUAAAUGCUCCUCCAAUCCCAUUAUAUAAUUUGGUAUCACCCUGGCCAUUCUCAAUGUGGGGCAUUGACAUUAUUGGCCCAAUUAACCCAAAAGCUUCGAAUGGACAUCGCUUCAUCCUUGUCGCGAUUGACUAUUUCACAAAAUGGGUAGAAGCAAAUUCAUUUGCUAGCAUCACGCAAAAGACGUUCCUUAAAUUCAUGAAGACAAAUAUUUUAUGCCGAUAUGGGAUUCCUGAAAGGAUCAUUACUGAUAAUGGUCCCAAUCUCAAUGGAACGGAAGUCAGGAACUUUUGCGAGAAGUUCCAAAUCAAGCAUCAUAAUUCAGCCCCGUAUAGACCUCAAAUGAAUGGAGCAGUUGAAGCAGCCAAUAAAAAUAUUAAGAAGAUCAUUGGAAAAAUGACAGUAACUUAUAAGGAUUGGCAUGAGAUGCUUCCCUAUGCUUUACAUGGUUAUCGUACUACUGCACGCACAUCCAUAGGGGUGACCCCAUACUCCCUUGUUUAUGGAAUGGAAGCUGUUACACCCAUUGAGAUAGAAAUACCAUCUUUAAGAGUAUUGGCAGAGGUAGAUUUAGAAGAAAAUGAAUGGAUACGAACCCGAUUUGAGCAACUUAACAUGAUUGAAGAGAAAAGGCUCAUUGCAAUGUGUCAUGGACAAUUGUACCAGAGAAUGGCAAGAGCUUUUGAUAAAAAACUUCGCCCGGAAUUCAGUGCUGGGGAUCUUGUACUCAAGAAAAUAUUGCCUAACCAAGAAGAUAAUAGAGGCAAAUGGGCUCCGACCUAUGAGGGACCUUAUGUUGUCAAACAUGCUUUUUCUGGAGGAGCACUGAUCCUAGCUGACAUGGACGGUCAAGAGUUAGCAAAGCCCAUUAAUGCAGAUGCUGUCAAGCGUUACUUUGCUUAA